ACAGCCGAGCCGGGUGCUGUGCGCUGCAGCUUGCUAUAGACCAGCAGACGCUAAACCACUGCCGGGGUUUACUGAGGUGCAACGUUUGAUAAACUUGCUCACCUACAAAGUAGGCUGUUUUUAUUUACCUCCAAAAAUAACCCAACCACCUAUGGAAGAAAUGGAAGAAGAAUUAAAAUGCCCAGUUUGCGGAUCGCUGUACCGGGAGCCCAUCAUAUUACCAUGUUCUCACAACAUCUGCUUGGCGUGCGCCAGGAAUAUUCUAGUCCUGACCCCUGACGCCGAAUCUCCGCAGAGUAGCCGGGCUUCUGGCUCGGGGGUCUCCGAUUAUGACUACUUGGAUCUGGAUAAAAUGAGCUUGUACAGCGAGGCGGACAGCGGCUACGGCUCGUACGGGGGCUUCGCUAGUGUCCCGACCACCCCUUGCCAGAAGUCCCCGAACGGGGUGCGGGUUUUCCCCCCAACCGUCCCUCCUCCCCCUCCCCAGCAUCACCUGCUUCUGCACCCUGGCUCCUUGCCCCCCAUCCCUCGUAACUCCUGCAUUACCUGCCCGCAGUGCCACCGUAGCCUGAUUCUGGACGACCGGGGGCUCCGCGGUUUCCCCAAGAACAGGGUGCUGGAAGGAGUGGUCGAUCGGUACCAGCAGAGCAAAGCGGCAGCCUUGAGGUGUCAGCUGUGCGAAAAGAGCCCCAAGGAGGCCACGGUAAUGUGCGAGCAGUGCGACGUCUUCUACUGCGACCCGUGCCGCCUGCGGUGCCACCCUCCGCGGGGCCCGCUCGCCAAGCACCACCUGGUACCUCCAGCUCAGGGCCGGGUGACCCGCAGGCUGAGCCCCCGGAAAAUCUCCACUUGUACCGAGCACGAACUGGAGAACCACAGCAUGUACUGUGUCCAGUGCAAGAUCCCAGUGUGUUACCAGUGCCUGGAGGAAGGAAAGCACUCCAGUCACGAAGUGAAGGCGCUGGGAGCGAUGUGGAAGCUGCACAAGGGUCAGCUGUCCCUGGCUCUGAACAUCCUCUCGGACCGGGCCAAGGAAGCCAAGGAGUUCCUGGUGCAGCUGAGGAACAUGGUCCAACAGAUUCAGCCCACAGAAGCCCCGGGGAGGCCGGUAGUGACGUCAGGUUGGGGGACUCUGCAGGAGAACAGCGUGGAGUUCGAGGCCUGUCUGGUGGCUCAGUGUGACGCUCUCAUCGACGCGCUCAACCGGAGGAAAGCACAGCUACUGUCCCGGGUCAACAAGGAGCACGAGCACAAACUCAAGGUGGUCCGUGAUCAGAUCUCGCACUGCACGGUCAAGCUGCGCCAGACCACCGGCCUGAUGGAGUACUGCCUGGAGGUCAUCAAGGAGAACGACCCCAGCGGCUUCCUGCAGAUCUCGGACACUCUGAUCCGGAGGGUCCACAUGACAGAGAAUCAGUGGGGGAAGGCCACCCUGACCCCCAGAAUGACCACCGACUUCGACCUGACUCUGGACAGCGGGCCCCUGCUGCAGACCAUCCACCAGCUGGACUUCGUGCAGAUGAAAGUUCCCUCCCCAGUGCCGGCCACCCCUAUCCUGCAGCUGGAAGAGUGCUGCACGCACAACAACAGCGCCACGUUGUCAUGGAAACAGCCCCCCCUCUCCACCGUGCAGGUGGACGGCUACAUCCUGGAACUUGACGACGGUAACGGGGGGCAGUUCAGGGAGGUGUACGUGGGGAAGGAGACCAUGUGCACGGUGGACGGGCUGCACUUCAACAGCACCUACAGCUCACGGGUCAAGGCCUUCAACAAGUCCGGAGUGGGGCAGUACAGCAAGACCCUGGUGAUGCAGACCGCAGAGACUGGAUACACUCCAUGUGAUUUAAACACUCUGGGAGCAGUCGCCUGGUUCACCUUCGACCCCAGCUCCGCCCACCCUGACAUCAUCUUCUCAAACGAUAACCUGACGGUGACGUGCAACAGCUACGACGACCGCGUGGUGCUGGGGAACACGGGCUUCUCACGCGGAGUGCACUACUGGGAGCUGAGCGUGGAUCGCUACGACAACCACCCCGACCCCGCCUUCGGAGUGGCGCGCGCGGACGUGCUGAAGGACGUGAUGCUGGGCAAGGACGACAAGGCCUGGGCCAUGUACGUGGACAACAACCGCUCCUGGUUCAUGCACAACAACUCCCACACCAACAGGACGGACGGGGGGAUCAGUAAGGGCACCACGGUGGGGGUGCUGCUGGACCUGGCUCACGGGACCCUGACGUUUUCGGUGAACGACGAGCAGCAGGGUCCCAUCGCCUUCGACAGCAUGGAGGGCCUCUUCCUCCCUGCCAUCAGUCUCAACAGAAACGUGCAGGUCACUCUUCACACUGGGCUGCCCAUCCCCGAGUUCUACACUGCAAGGAGCCCUGAGCCCCCCAGUUCAGUGUGUUAAUGACACUGCCGGCCAUGUGGGGGCGCUCUCCUGACCUGCCCCUGCUCUUCUACACCUCUCAGCUCCACCUCACACCUCUGUCCAAGCCAGAGCCCACAGACCCGCGGGAGCCAGAAGCAGAACCACAGAGCAGCUUUCAGCCUCCACAGGCACCAGAUGAGCUCCAGUCACUCUGCUGUGACCCACCGCCUCCUCUCCCAGUCCCCUCUCCCAGUCUCCUCUCCCAGUCUCCUCCCCCAGCAUCCUUCCCCAUCCUCCUCCCCCCAGCCUCCUCUCCCAGUCUCCUCCCCCAGCCUCCUCUCCCAGUCUCCUCUCCCAUUCUCCUCUCCCAGUCUCCUCUCCCAUUGUCCUCUCCCAGCCUCCUCUCCCAGCCUCCUCUCCCAGCCUCCUCUCCCAUUCUCCUCUCCCAGUCUCCUCCCCCAGCAUCCUUCCCCAUCCUCCUCCCCCCAGCCUCCUCUCCCAGCCUCCUCCCCCAGUCUCCUCUCCCAGUCUCCUCUCCCAGUCUCCUCUCCCAGUCUCCUCUCCCAGCCUCCUCUCCCAUUGUCCUCUCCCAGCCUCCUCUCGCAGUCUCUAGCUGGCUGGGUUCUGACAUCACCAUGCCUGUAAUCAGCCUGCGCAAACAGCCAAGGAAACUACAUCAUUGUAAAUAAGAAUUGGAAUUUGAAAAUAAGUACUUUGAGGCUUUUUGGUGACGCAACAAAAUGUUAUUUUUUACCUUCAUCCAAAGCCCCUAGAUAUUUCCGUUGUAAAACUUCAAACUCUGUAUCACAUUUACUACUGCUCCCGAUUUUCCUGCUUUUUUUAGUUUUCGUUCCGUAUCUACUUAAUUUUAUUUUAUAUAUUUAUUUUCUUUACCCGCCCAUCGGUCUCUGCAGAUUUCCCUUGUAAUACCCGCUAGUCUGCCCAUAGCCAGGAGGAAUGCACUGGACAAUGGACACUGGACACUGGACACUAUACACUGGACCCCGGCCCAGUGAAGUAGCCACAUGGGACAGAGGAGUGGCCUUGUGAGAAACUGACCCGAAGAGUGCAAUCAUCCCUGGCAAGCGGCAGACUUUUGGGAGGUUUUCAGAUUAUACAUUCUUUGAGGUAAUUCUGCUGCCGUCAGCUCUGUGUGCUAUAAUGGUGUGAUCAGACCACCCCUUUGAUCCCCUCCCAGAUCAGACAUCUCAGUUCAGUUUCCAAGUCAGUGCUGAUAAUGCCUCGUGUCUCACACAGCAGCCUGCAGUGGUGUCAGUGGUAGGCAAUACCUCCCUGGUAGUUCCUGUCUCUUGAGGUAUUACUGUGCUGGUUCUCGGUGCAGAUCUGCAGUGUGAGAGGUUCCAGUGUGCCUGUCCAUGCCCAGGCAGGCUGGCUGCACACACUGCUGAGGGUACCUAUGUGCCUCCCUGUGCUCAUAAAGCUGAGGGAACACGUGUUCUUGAAACCUGGUUGUUUCAUGCAGUUGCCUGAAACCUAUCCUCCUGAAACCAAGUUCCAAGCGGCUUUGUGUUCCCUUGGCUUAACCCCACGGACCUGCAGUUUCAGUGCAAUACAAUGGAGAGCAGUGCAGUGUUUUCAACAUGCCAACCACUUGUGUUGCAAGUCUUGCAACACUACUGCAAAGUUGCUGCAUCCAAAAUACUGCUUGCAUUACUAUAACUGUAUGACUGCUCAGUUGUUAUCCAUUCCCUUGAAUUGCAGUUCGAGCUGUUCCAGGUGUUACUAUGAGCUCUGUGGAAUGGAUUACAGUUGGAUCUGCCUAUGGCUUGUGUAAGCUUUUAAACCCAUUGUACCGUUGCUGCUCGAUUCACAUGGUGCUAUCGUGGCCAGUGUAAAACCAGUCUGUAAAACUGUGUAGGGAGAGAUAUGAGAGGGUCAUCUCUCCAUUUCAAAUGGGAAUUUAUUAUUUACAGUUGCCAAAUUCUCCACCUCAGGAAUUGUAUCCAUUCACAGAGGUACAAGGGUGCUUAUGUCACAAUGCAAGAUCAAACCUGCUGGUUAUCCAACCAAUCACCGCUGUCCGGGCUCCUUGCUGGAGGGGUGAACGCCGCCUCAUUGGUCAAGCUGAAAGAACCCUUAAAGGGGCCGAGCUACCGCCAGAGAAAAUGCUGCAGUCGGUGGUGUCUUAAAGGGGCGUGCGCAAAAUUACUGUUCUUAAUUUGUUAAUGCCAGAUCAGUGACAUUUAACCUUUUGAAUUCUAACCUACUCUGAACUGAUUCAUUUUAUUGACAAUAAUUCUUCUAUUGACAGUACGUCUACACAAGGCCUGAGGUGUGUGUGUGUGCGUGCGUGCGUGCGUGCGUGCAUGCAUGCGUGUGUGUGUGUAUAUAUAUAUAUAUAUAUAUAUAUAUAUAUAUAUAUAGGGCAAGCCCACACCCAGACAAGCAUGGCUAAAUAAGUAAUAGUCUGUGUGUUUGACCAGUACUGACGCUUGCUAAAGUGAAUCCUGAUGACGGUGAGGGGGCUGUACCGAUACGCUGGCCACAGGUCCCCCAUUCCUGCGACAAGUCUUAUGAAAAUGCUGUUGCUGGGCAACAUGAAUGAGUUAAGAUGUAAACUCCGAGACGCAGGGCCGUGCCCCAGCCUCUCAGACCAUGCUGUAUUUUUUUUAGUGACUGUAAUUGUGUGUUCUUUCUGGGUGUUUGGACCUGGCUUUGAUGUGUGUGGUGCCUUGUGACUCCAGGCCACUUUGCUGUUCCACAGACCUGUUUGUUUUAUUGCUUAUCAUUGUGGCUAUUAUUAUUAUUAUUAUUAUUAUUAUUAUUAUUAUUAUUAUUAUUAUUAACGACCUGAUGCCUUGCUGUUCCAAUAAAUAUGAAAUGAUUCUUCUUGUACAUAUUUGCUGUCUGGGGGUGUGUGUGGGUGUGUGUGUGUGGGGAGGGUACACAACAGAACUACAACGUAUUAUAAACCAUUAACAAUUAAUUUAGUAUUACAAACAAUAAAUAGUAAUUGGUCACAAUUGAAUGUAACUUUAGUUGAAUGAGAUAUGUAUAAAACAUCUAUAAAUAAAGUAAUGGUUUGUUACAAUAACAUUUUAAUUGGACUGAGUGGUUGUUCAAACGGUUUCUUCAUAAAAUACCGUUGGCAGUGAGUAAAUGUUAAACCCUGUUUUGUGUAAACUC